AUGGAUAAGACAGGACUGAUGUGCGACAUCCUGCUGGACCUGGUCAACAGCCUAGCAGCAGAGUUCUGGACCAGUUCAAUACUGGAAGAGGACCCAAUGUCGCCGCAGCGGCACUUAACGUUGCCGUGUCCAGCAUUAUGGCAGCAGCAGCAGCAGCAGCAGCAGCAGCAGCGUGAGGACGGUGCCUUCAAGGAUCCCUCACCGCCAGCUACAGCACUACUACGCCCGCCGGGAGCUUCACCACUUUCCGGUAAUAAAGCGGUGCUGGAGGAACCCAGAACCAAACCGGUGGAAGAAGUUCUGAUCCGGCUCAGACCCGACAGAUACCGGAAGACUGAGAACCGCAUGUCCACGUUUGGAUUCCCACCGGACGUCCACGACGCCUCCCCUUUGACGGCACCGCGACUUCCCAGCAGUCUUCCCGCCGGUCCUGCAGAGAAACCAACGGGCAAACCAGCAACGGGCAAACCAGCAACGGGCAAACCAGCAACGGGCAAACCAGCAACGGGCAAACCAACGACGGGCAGCAUGACUACAAACAUGGCUGACAGCGCUGUCAACAAGAAGCUCCCCGUGUUCUUGGACGAACACAAAGACUCGGACAGACCCAGAGUUCCCGGUUUCAACCCGGCGGACCCCGUCGUCGUGGUGCCACGGCCCCACGCCCCUCUCAUCGCCGUGGCGACGCCGUCUGUCCCCGUGGUUACCGCCGCGCCCUCACCAUCCAUAGCUCGCCAGGACACGCAGGAGUCGCCGAUAGAGACGGAGGAGGAGGAGGAGGAGGAGGAGAGAAAAGGAGACUCACCGAAGGAGGAAGAAUCGAACCACAUCUACGAGUCAAUCCAGGACCUGAACCUGGACCUGGACGCUCUGAUUGGAGGACGGGAGAGUCCUGCAGCGCCGCCUCAACCCCUGGCCCCACCCCCAAUGCAGAUUGGUCCUGAGGCGGCCCCGCUCUCGCCCGUCUACGCUAACGUCUCCUCUCUGAAGAAAGUGUCCCUCCCUCAGAUCUCCGUCUCUGGCCCCGCUCUCCCGCCAUCGCCGCCACCAGGCCCCGCCCCCUCACCACCAGGCUCCUCCUCCGGGAUGAUAAGCCCCGCCUCCCCGCUCCACCCACAGGAUGGCUGGCAGGGUUCCUGUGUUUGGGAGAAGCUGGUGGACGAAGUCUCUGGGAGGUAUUACUACUACAAUCCCGCAUCAGGAGCCACGUCCUGGGACGCCCCGGAGCCACUGUCCCCCUCCUCACCCCCAGGAUCCACCACCAACAGGAAGCCCACCGCAGGCCCGCCUCCGCUGCCAGAGGAAGAUUAUCCUGUUAACCACCACAAUGACGUUUUCACAACGAAUCCUCAGCAGCAGCCGGCGGUGGUGCCGCUGAUUCCCAGAGCCCAUCUACAGGAGAUUCCGUCUCUGCCCCAGAGGCUGAUGGGAAACGGAGUUUCUGAGGAGGGAACGACGGCGUCGGCCAGGAACUGGAGACACAGCGUGGCCGAAGACACGUUUGCUCCGAGCCACCGGAGGAACGUCUCCGACUUCACCGACAUCUCCGUCAACAGACAAUCUCCAGACAGUCAACAGCUUCCUGACAGACCCGCCCUGAAGAGGAAUCUGUCCGACCGGAGCGUCGGCUCCCGCCAGCCACACGGCCAUCUGCUGGAGAAAGCAGGCAUCAUGAAUAAGACCAAAGUAGCCGAUAACGGCAAAAAGAUCAGGAAGAACUGGAGUCAGUCGUGGACCGUCCUGCACGGAGGGAUCCUAACCUUCCACAGAGACCCCAAAUCUGCCCCCCCUGGGACCGCUAAUAAAUCGUCUCAGAUCGUUCCGGAGUACACGGUGGAACUGCGAGGCGCCUCGGUUGGUCGCGCAGCCAAGGACAAGUCCUCCAAGAAGAACGUCCUGGAGCUGAAGACACGUCACGGCUGCGAGUAUCUGAUGCAGUACGACACGGAGAGCAUCAUCACCGAUUGGCUCAAAGUGAUGCAGGACACCAUCAAACAGCUGGAUCAGGGUUAUCUGACGGAGGACGAGGACGAAGCUGCUUCAGAUAAAGAGGACAAAGACAGGCAGAGGACCGCGAGCCGGACGUCAACAGGAACCGCCGACUCAGAGCAGACGCGAGUUCGGACCAAACUUCGGCGCUUCCUCCAGCGAAGGCCAACGUUGCAGAGCGUCAAGGAGAAGGGCUACAUCAGAGACAACGUGUUUGGCUGUCACCUGGACACGCUCUGCCACAGAGAGAACGCCACCAUCCCAAAGUUCCUGGAGAAGUGUAUCCGAACGGUGGAGAGGAGAGGUCUGGACGUAGACGGGAUCUACAGAGUGAGUGGGAACCUGGCUGUGAUCCAGAAGCUGCGACACAGAGCAGAUCACGAGGAGCACCUGGACCUGGAGGACGGCCAGUGGGAGGAGAUCCAUGUGAUCACCGGAGCUCUGAAGCUCUUCCUGCGGGAGCUCCCCGAGCCGCUGUUCCCUUUCAGCUGCUUCGACAAGUUCAUCGCCGCCAUCCAAGUCCAGGACUACAGCCUGAGGGUGUCCUACAUGAAGGACCUGGUUCGCUCUCUGCCUCUGCCCAACCACGACACCAUGGAGCUGCUGUUCAAACACCUGCGCAGGGUUAUUGAGCACAAGGACUCUAACAGGAUGUCAGUUCAGAGCGUCGCUAUUGUGUUUGGCCCCACGUUGCUCCGCCCGCAGACUGAGUCGGCCAACAUGACGGUCCACAUGGUGUUCCAGAGCCAAAUAGUGGAGCUCAUGCUCAACGAGUACCACACCGUCUUCUCCCAGAGUUAAAGGAAACAGACCUCUUCUCCCAGGGGGACAGGAACCUCCAGAACAUCCAGAACCUGCGACGGUUCUCCGAGAAGCCUCCCAACCACCGCGAGACCAGCCAAACAUCUUCCAAAGUGUCUCCGGGUACAUCUACACCGCUACGUUUUAGUUUAAAAAGGAAGAUCUUCUGCUAUGUUUCCCCCUCUCAUUCCCCCUGCUUUGGCGUUUCCCCCUCUCAUUCCCCCUGCUCUGGUGUUU